GCCCAGGCUUUCCCUACACGCAGCGCUGCCGCCUCACCAACAGCUCCGCGGUGCCCCUGACGUUCCAGCUCCGCAUGUCGGACGAUGGCACGCAGCCGGCUGUGGACAGCGUGGAUCAGAUCCGCAGGGACACCGACCCGGCCUGGAGCAAGGGAAUCCAUUUCUAUGUGGAGCCCAGGGAGUUCACCAUCAAUCCCAGCCAAGGCACCAUCCUCCCCCAGGGACACCAGGACAUCGAGGUGACCCUGUGCUCCAACACGGUGAUGGAGUUCUACCGGAGAUUGCUGGUGGACCUGGAGGGUAUUGGCAAGGGAGUGGCAGCCCUGAUCAUCACAGCCAGAUGUCUCGUUCCUGAGCUCCAAGUGUCCUCCCCAGUGCUGCUGUGUGAUGAGUGCCACCUGAAGGUGCCCUAUGAGAGGAAGAUCCUCAUUAGGAAUCCCAGCCACCUUCCUGGCUGCUACGGGCUUAUUCCCCAGAAAUGCAAGGAGGACUCUGCUGUGCUCUACUCCAGCCCCAAGCCCUGUGGGAUUGUGCAGCCCCAGAGCACAGCAGAGAUCCCAGUUGUGGUGGCAGUGCAGGCCCUGGGCACUCAUCGCACCGACGUUCUCAUCGGCGUGUUCGGGGAUGAGAGAAACCCCCUGAGAGCACAAUUACGGAGCUCAGGACGGCUGGCAGAAAUCUCCCCAAGCCCAAGGCCGGCAGAGCUUGGCAGGAUCCCAGCACCACAGCCUGUAGAUGAGCUCCACCCACCUAAAUUCAAACCCCAGCCACCAAAGGAGAGGAGAACCAGUCUGGAUUGCCCGGCAACUCGAUGGAGGCACUUCAGGACUGGAAAGGCUUUCAGUAUCCUGCCACUGCCAGGUGUGCUGCAGCCAGGACAGAGCCAGCAGGUCUCCUCCACCCUCUCUGGCCACCUCACCACCACCUGCAAUGUCCCGGAGCUGUGCCACAUGGAGGGAGGCUCCACCUCCGAGGUGCUGGUGCCCAGGGCGGCCUCACGUGUCAGCUCCUCCCUGAGCCCCCAGGAGAUCACCUGUGGCUCACAGGCCCCUCUCAGGGACAGAAGGGAGCUGAAGGAGCCAGCUCAAAAGGUCGAGGAGGAGGCAAAAGCCUUAGAGGAGGAAGAGAGGCAGAAGAAGGAAAAGAAGAGUGUCUCUGCAGGGAAGCAACUUCCAAAACCAGCGAAUGGGAAAACCAAGACCCAAGAGAAGAAGGAAACCAAACUCCCAGAGAAGAAGAAAACCAAAAUCCCAGAGAAGAAAGAAAUCAAGGCUCCAGAGAAGAAGGAAACCAAAACACCAGAGAGGAAGGAAACCAAAGCCCCAAAGAAGUGUGAACCCAAAAUCCCAGAGAAGAAGGAACCCAAAGCCCCAAAGAAGAGGGAACUCAAAGCCUCAAAGAAGGGGGGAACUGAAAUCCCAGAAGACCCAGAUGAGAUGGAGAACUCUUCAUUUUUUAUUCACACAACUCAUUUUACAAAGUUUGAAAGACUUCGUGUGCAGCUUUAGUUAGUUCAUAGAUUACUUGCCAGUUAUUCUGUUAUUGGUUAAUUAAAGAGAUUUUACUUGUGCGUCAAAUCUCUCUAUUGUAUUGUUUACCUGUUCUCUUCACUGAGUCUCAUGGGAGAAAUCCCUUGUUGUUGCAGGUGCAUUUGUUUUUCACCCUCAGAAUAGACUGGUCACAAAGUCUCAUUCUCGCAAUAGCUUCACAUGGGAACUUGUAACUGCUUAGCUGCACUCAGAAGAGAUGACAGGCCAGCUAUGAAUAUGGCAGAAAAAGGCCUGAUUU